AUGGACCCAUUGGACACGAAAGAACAAGGCCGGGAAAAGGUGGUGCACCAUCUGGAGACGUGCUUCAACACCAUUAACCAUAUGCUGAUAGGAUAUGUUACGUUCUACCUAUCCUACUACUCGUACGCUCGGGGGUUUGGCAACCUCUUCACAUGGCACAUAUUUCUUUGUGCCGUCGGGUAUCAAUUUUUCAUGGCAGAAUCUCUGCUCACCCUCUACUCGGCUAACGGUUGGACAGAUCGUUACUCUACGGUCGCGAAGCGACGUUUACACUGGAUUCUGCAAGCAAUCGGUUGUGCUGGUAUCUUUUCCGGCAUUGUCAUCGAAAUCUACCUGAAGGAAGACGCCGGACGUCGACAUUUCCGGUCGGAUCAUGCCAUUACCGGGCUCGUUUCGUUGAUUUUUAUCGGCCUAUCGUUUCUGAACGGCGUGGCCGCGCUGUACACUGUCAAGAUAAAGCACAUCAUCAAGCCGAUCUACGUGAAGAUGUGCCAUUAUUUGACCGGCAUUGUCGCGUUCGUUAUCGGAAUGACAUCAUUGGCAUUGGAGUACUCCUCCCGGAUGGUGUCGCUGCAGCAUAAAAAUAUGCUGAUCGCCUUCACAUCCAUUACGACCGCGUUGACAUUGAUCGGAGUGUGCAAAACCAUGUUCAAUCAGUUCCGAGGAAUGUGCGGUAAAAAGGGAAAACAAUGA